AUGAUUAGUUAAGGAAAUAAUUAAGUAGUUGAACCACAAGUAGAUCUAAAACACCACAAUAAGAAGUAUUGGAGCUCUGAAGAAGAUACAAAAUUGUACUCUGCUGUAAUUUUGCAUGGAUCUAAUUGGAAGGUCAUUGCAGAAUAUCUAUCUGGGAGAAAUGCCUCACAGUGUGCAUAAAGAUGGAAGAGAAUCAAGCCUAAAGAAAAUGAAAGAAAUUAGAAGUGGAGUAAAGAGGAAGACGAAGAAGUACUGAGACUUACCAAGAAUUACUAGUAUAAUUGGAGAGCAAUCGCUCAUCACAUCCCAAAUAGAACUGGUAGAUAAAUUAGAGAGAGAUUUGUCAACCAUUUAGAUCCAAGUAUUAUUAAAUCACCUUGGACUGAAGAAGAAGAUAAAUGGAUCUGGAAUAUGUAUUAGAAUAUUGGUACCAAAUGGUCAGAUAUGUCCAAAAAGUUGCCAGGAAGACCUGAAAAUAUGAUAAAAAACAGAUUUUAUUCUUAUAUUCGAAAAUAAUAUGGGAAAAUACAAAACCCUUAUUAUGUAGUACCAAACAAUGUGAGAGUAUUAGAGAAGGACUCGAUGAGGAAGAGUAAGAUCAUAAGAAAAAUGAAAAUGUUUAGGAGGUUUUGUUAAUAAAAAAAUAUAAAAGAAAUUAACAAAACUAAAGAUUAAUAUAAAAUUUAGAGUGAAUUAAAAGUUGAAUAGGAUUAAUAUCCAAUAAGGAAAGACCUCCUUAGAUAUGGAUAUUAAUAAUAAUAACUCUAAUCUUACUAUCCUUUAAUGCCCACAGAAUUUUAAUAAUUACAAUUCCCUCAAAUUAUUUAUCCUUACUAAUUUGUAUCAACUUCUAAUAUUGGAUCUGAAUUUUAUGGCAUAAUAAACUAAUAAGAUAUGUUGAAUUGCCAAAAAGAAUAGAUAAAUUAAUCAACAUUUUCUGAAAUGACCAAGUCGUAAAAUAAUGAAAUGACAGCCUUACCAACUUUGAAUCUAUCACUUAUUGGAUUUUAAUAAAUUUAAAAAAAUUAAAUAGUCACUAAAGAAGAAGAACAGGAUAAUGAAAAUCCACAAACUUAAAAAAGGCUACUUGAUACAUCCUACCCUCUUUAAAUUAGACCUGAUAUCUUAGAAGAGUUACACAAAAAGAAUUUAGAAGCUUAAAUUAAAUAAUGA